AUGGUUGGAAGCAUCAUCGGGGGAUCAGCAAUCCCAAUCUUCGCCCUGCUAGCCUGUGCGGUCUACAUGCGUCGCCGACGACGAAGGAUAGCAACAGAGCGCCUAGGCAUCAGACAGGAACUACUACGAUGUAACUCAACGAGCUCAUCAAUCUGUCACCACUACCGCUACGACUCCUACCCCUCGAUACCAGCCAACAUCGGCCCAAGAGCCCCUAUCCCCCCAGUCAUCCCGCUGCAACAGCAGCCCUCAAAUCCAGACCUCUCCCUCGACAGCAUGUACCUGCGCGGCGAGUCAACACCGCAGGACCCCUUCGCGGAUCCGCCGUCCGCAGUCAUCGAGGUCUCCGCCCCUUCUCACUCGAUCUCAAUCUACUCCACUUCUUCCUGGGGUGUUGGAAACGGUGGGCGGGGGAACUGGGACUGCGAGCGCGAAGGCGUGGAUACCCUCGCCGUACCACAUGAGUACUUGGACACUCCUGUGAUGCGUGAUAGCAUGCGCAGUGACCCCUUCGAUCUUGAUCUUGAACCUCCACCGAAUGCUCACCAUCGGUCUUCUGUCCCUCCAAUCCCGAGUACAUGGGAUGUCAAGUUUUAG